AUGGUCGACUUGGCGAAACCGUAUUUUGGCCUUCGAGGCGCAUGGCUGACCUUCUGGAUAACGUUGGCCUGCGGUGCUGAUAUGACCCUCUACGGAUACGAUCAGGGUGUUUUCAGUGGAGUUGUGAUCUCGCAGGACUUCCUCCGUUUGCAUGAUCUUCAAGGGCCAUCUAAAACAACUCUCCUUGGCACAGUCACUGCCAUCUAUGACAUUGGCUGUUUUCUCGGAUCUUUAUUUGCCUCGUGGCUAGGAGAAAGGCUAGGUCGCAGAAACACUGUCCUAGUCGGCACUACUGUUAUGUCAAUUGGCGCCCUUUUGCAAGCUUCUUCCUACAGCUUAGGCCAGAUAAUCACUGGUAGGAUCAUUGCGGGGAUUGGGAAUGGUAUGGAAGCAAAAGUUCGAUACCCAUUGAGUCCCCAAAGCUUAUUUCGUCAUAGGUGGCUAAUUUCCCACGAUCGCUCGAGUGAAGCCGUACAAAUUAUUGCGGAUCUUGAAGAAAAGGAUAUCAACGAUCCUUUUGUCCGACUUCAAAUGAGCGAGAUCGAAUACAGCGUGGAGUAUGAAAAAACAAACAGCGUCAGCUUCAGUGAUAUUUUGCAUGGAAGAGCCCAUGAAAAGGCAGGUACAAAGACAAUUCGUCGUCUCAUCCUUGGCAUGGGUGCCCAGGCGAUGCAGCAAUUCUCGGGAAUUAAUGUCACAUCUUACUAUCUGCCUACCGUACUGACCACGUCCGUGGGCCUAGAUGAGUCUUUGGCGAGGUUACUCACAGCAUGCAACAGUGUGCAGUAUCUGCUUUUCUCCUUGAUUGGCAUUCCCAAUGUCGAGCGAUGGGGUCGUCGUAUGCUCAUGAUGUUCGGUGCAGCGGGCAUGUGCUUCUGUUACAUAUUCAUUACAGCGCUUAUCCGGUAUAACGAGAUGCCUGGAUACUCCCAUCGCGAAGAAGUAGCCUCAGCAUCAGUGGCUUUCUUUUUCUUAUAUUACAUCUUCUUUGGGAUUGGCAUGCAAGGUGUGCCAUGGUUAUAUCCCACCGAAAUCAACUCUUUAACCAUGCGCACGAAGGGUGCUGCGCUUGGCGCCGCGACAAAUUGGAUUUUCAAUUUCAUGGUUGUGGAAAUCACUCCGAUUGGUAUUCAAAACUUGGGAUGGCGCUUUUACAUUGUUUGGGCCGUGUUGAAUGCGGCUAUGGUACCAACUAUCUAUGUCUUUUACCCGGAAACAGCUGGCCGUACGUUGGAGGACAUGGAUGACUACUUUCGUCGCAACCCUCCUCUUUUCGCUUUCCUUGAUAAGGAGGCAAUCUCAAGUAAGCGUCCUGGGAGAUAUGAAGCACGAGACGGACACAUCAUGCGUGAGAAGGAAGAACAGGGUGCGGUACAGUACCUGGAAAAUCCUGGGCCAAUGGAUGCUUGA